UAAAAUUGCAUUGCUCUAGGAAAAUGUGAAUUGUUAUAUUACUAUUUUAAUGUGAUCGAAAAAUCAAGAUUUUAUUUAAUAGUUUUAACCUCGAAAGAUAGCGGAACAUCGUGUUCACAAUGAUUUGACUCCUUUGUCAGAAAGUUUUUCUUGUUAUUUACCUUUUGUUUACUUCUACUUUCGUCAAAAUGACAUAGUAUUAACAGUUAGCAACCGCUGUUAUUUCAUCAAUGUAAAACUAUUUUAUUUGAAAACGUUGAAAAGUUAAAAUAUUGAACAUGUCGUUAUCGAAUGAAAAUCAGAAUCCUGUUAUUUCUCAAGGGUUUUGCUGUGAUAAUUAUUGCAAUUCUGUGAUUACCUACAACACAAACGACCCAUUCGUUGUCUGCGCAAAAUGUGGACGAAAGCAAGAAAGCAGUUCUCUGAAAAGUAUGGAGCAAACUGCAUCUCCGAAAGAGUUACUUACGAAUAUUAUAGUUCAAAGAAUUCAGUUAAAUAGGCCUCGCGGGUCGGAGAUGUUAAAAGUCCUGGGAUUAUCUAACUUUUACUGCAAAAUGUUGUCCCCGCUGCUAACAAGAUAUGGGAUGGACAAAGGAACUGGGAAAGCGAAACUUCUAACGGAGAUGAACCAAGGCGAAAUUUUCGAUUGCAGUUUGUUUGGCGACAGAGCUUUUUUAAUCGAACCAGAGCAUGUAUCCAUUUCUGGUUAUGGUAGGGAUGAUACUGGCAGCAUGAUUUAUUUGGCUGAAACAUUGAAACUCAUUAAAGCAGCUAAUGGAAAUGAAGAGCGCCUCGUCCCAAUUUAUACAGAUGGAGAUGGUCAUUGUCUUGUUCAUGCAAUUUCUCGUGCAUUAGUUGGAAGGGAGUUGUUUUGGCACCCAUUGAGAUGUUGUUUGAAGAAACAUUUCCAGGCUAACUUGAUGAAAUACAAGGAGCUGUUUAAAGAUUUUGUUGAUAGCGAUGAAUGGGAUUCAAUAAUAAAUGAAUGUGAUCCUGAUUUCAAGCCGCCAGAAGGGGAAUUUCAUGGUUUGAGAAACAUUCAUAUAUUUGGUUUUGCCAAUAUUUUAAGAAGACCUAUUAUUCUGUUAGAUUCAUAUGAAUGCAUGAAAAAGAGUGCUGACUAUUCUGCUAUAUUUCUUCCAUGUUUAGUCGAUCCUGAUGAUUGUAAAAGCAAAGAUGGUUCGCUGAACAAGCCAAUUUGUAUAGCCUGGAGCAGUUUUAGCCAUAACCAUUACAUUCCAUUAGUUGGAAUCAAAAAUAGACCACUUCCUGUCCUUCCUUCUGCUUUGGUCCCAACAGUUUGGGGACUUCCUCAAAACUUAAGUGGCCGGUACAUAGAAUUUGAAAAUGGAAACUGUACCAUAGGUGGUGGAAGACCUCUAAGUGAUGCAUAUAUUCAUCGUUUAGUCGGCGCUAUGGAAGUUUUGUUUUGUGAAAAAAGUGGAGUGCAUCCAUCCCUAGUGUAUGAUUUCAAGCAUAAUUUAUGUCAAAAUUUUUUUCCAAAUGCAGAUUUGUCAGCUAUCAUAGCAAGGACGAGAUCAGCUGUAGAAGAAGGACGUCUCUACCGCUGCACAUUUUGUGAGUCAUUAUGUGAAUGGCAAAUUCCCCAAGAUUGGCUUAGAUAUGGUGGAAUUCUUUAUAACCAAGCUCUUUGCAAAUAUGGCACAUUAAGACCAGGAGAAACUUAUGAAUUGAAUGCACAAGUAAAUCAGCUUUGUAAUCUGGUCUUAACUAUCAAGUGCAAGUAUGAUGCUGCUGCAAAUAAACUAGUUCUUCAGAUGAAUGAAACAAGACCAGAACAGUGCCCUCAAUGUGGAAGCUAUCUGAAAAGAUUGAAAUAUGAUGGAUCUACUGUAGGUGGUGCAAUCCAGGAAGAGCCAAGUAAUCUUUCAAAAGCGGAGGAAGUAUCUACAUCUUAUGUUGAUCAAAGUGAAAGUAGAAAAAAAUUUGAUUAUGAUGCGAAACGCAUGGAAGAUACAACUCCUUUGCCUGAAGCUAAUCCAGAAAGAGAGGAGUUAAUUAAACGUGUUUCUGAUCUUGGAGAAAAUAUAAUACAGAAGCAUCUUCCAGAUGAAGCAGCAAAUAAGUACUUAUGGAAUGUUGUGUGUAAAGAAAUUCAUUCUUUGAUUGGCAUAAUUGAAGCUAGUGCAGCAGAAGCUGGUUCUUCUAACAGCAGUAACUAUGAUAAAAGCAAUUCUGAAAAAUUGAAGAAGAAACUGAAUGAAAUUAAAAAUAAUGAAAUUCAGCGUGAACAGAUAUCUGUCACUGAACCUCAGUAUGUAAAAGUGUGUACUUCCCAUGGAGACCAGGCUAAUCUGGCGCUACAUGGAAAAAGCAUUUCCUACCCCCAGUUGCAAGAAUGGAUUAAAAAUCAGUUCAAAAUUCCAGUAUCAAGACAGAGAAUAAAGCAUGGAUUUCCGCCCAAGGUGCUUCAACCUUCUGGCUCCAACAAUCAAACUUUACCUCUUAAGCAUGGAGAUCGUUUAACUGUUGAAAUCCUUCAGAAAGGUGAAGAAGAUUUGAACAUUGAAAACAGCAUGAGUCAAGAAAGUAAUCGUAGUAUAUUCGGAUCCCGGUAUUCUGGACGAAUUGAAGAUUUCCAGUAUGGAUUGAUUUGGUCACAUGCAAUAAUGAAUCCACAUGAUUUUGAAAAAGGUGGAAUGUAUUAUGAAACAAUAGCCCAAUCUACAAUGUUACACAUUAAAACACAUGCAGAUUUGAAAGAUUUUCCUAAUAAGAGAUUUUGUUACAAUCCUGUUGGGGACAGAAUUGAAAUAUGCAUCAAGUCCUUGGGCCAUUUUCGUAUUGUGCCAGAUCUGGAACAUAGGAUUGAUAGAGUAAAACAUAAUGAUACUUCUGUUGAAGGAUUCAGCAAGUGCCCACUUACUAGUAGCCAAAAAGAACAGAAGUCAAAUAAAAAUCCUGGAAGGACAAUACCAUCUCCCAAUGCUGAGACAAAAGAGAUUCCAUAUCUGCGGAAAGGACCGGGUUUCUCCAUUUUGACUAGUCCAAAACCAUCUGAUGUUGAGAAAAUGGAUAUUAAUUAGUAUUUUUGUAAUAAAUGUUAAUAUGUACAAAA